CCGUGUACUCAAAUCAUCACUACAACCCUGACACCCCAAGUGCUAGCAAUGGCUAACGGCACUGAUUCCCUCUAUUUCUCUCCAAGUUCAAUUUUAACUGCAGGAUUUCAAGAUUCUGUAGUUAAAGUUUGUAUUUGGCUCAUCCCUGCUCUAAUAAUACUCCGAGCCAUACUCAAAUCUCGAACCAGCUCUAGGCUGCCUCCUGGACCUCCCAGGCUCCCAAUCAUCGGUCACCUGCACCUUCUUGCCCCUAUACCCCAUCAAGCUCUUUACAAGCUCGCGGUCAAGUAUGGACCUUUAUACCAUAUCUACCUUGGCAAUAACCCUUGUGUUAUCAUCUCUUCACCUGAAAUGGCUAAAGAGUUUCUUAAAACGAACGAAUUAUCAUGCUCCAACCGGCCUGAAUCAAUGGCCUCGGAGUACCUGAGCUACCAUUCACAGGACUUCAGUUACGCUCCUUAUGGACCGUACUGGAGAUUUGUGAAGAAAUUGUGCAUGUCUGAGCUUCUUAGCGGUCAAUCUCUAGAUUUUCUUCACACUGUUAGACGGUUUGAGAUUGAGAGUAUGGUGAAAGAAAUGCUGCAAAAGGCCAGAGCUGUUGAGGCCGUCGAUGUCGGAGGUGUGAUUACAAGGAUCACUAACAAUGUGAUUUCGAACAUGAUUAUGAGCAAGAGGUGUUCAGACACGGAUGAUGAAGCAGGGGAAAUGAGGAAGAUGAUUAAAGAAAUCUCUAAGCUUUUAGGGGAGUUUAAUCCCGCAGAUUAUGUAUGGUUUUACAAGUUUUUGGAUUUGCAGAGAAUAAAGAAGAGGCUAGUGGAUGUCCGCGCUAGGUAUGACAGACUAGCUCAAAGUAUUAUAGAUGAGCGCAGAGAAAUCAGAAAGACACAAGAGAAGAUUGCUGCAGACAAGGAUUUUCUUGAUCUCUUACUUGAUGUGUAUGAAGAUGAGAAAGCGGAGUUCAGGUUGAACAUGGAUAAAAUCAAGGCUAUCAUUCUGGAUAUGUUUACGACGGGAACAGAGGCAGUGGCUAACGUGACUGAAUGGGGACUAGCCGAGUUACUCAACCACCCGAUGAUCAUGGACAAAGCUCGACAGGAGAUAGAUAGUGUUGUUGGCAAGAGCAGAUUAGUCCAAGAAUCCGAUCUUGUGAAUCUCCCUUAUCUCCAAGCUAUUGUAAAGGAAACUCUCAGACUUCACGCCGCCUCUCCUCUAAUCCCAAGACAAGCAAGUGAGGAUAUCGUCAUUGGAAACUACCACAUACCAGCCAAAACAAAUGUACUUGUUCACGACUGGGCUAUUGGCCGAGACGAAACACACUGGGAAAAUGCACUUGAAUUUAUACCAGAAAGGUUUCUUAAGACAAGCGGUGAAAAUGGAAUUACUGGAUCAGCUGGCCACAUGGAUAUUCGCGGGCAACAUUACCAGCUUUUGCCAUUUGGGAGCGGAAGAAGAGCCUGUCCUGGUAUCUCACUCUCACUCAAGGUUAUACAAGCAACGAUUGCCGCGAUGAUACAAUGCUUCGAAUGGAAUGUGCAAGGUGAAGGGAAUGAUAGUAUUCCCCCGGUGAAGAUGGAUGAAGGAAGAGCUCUUGUGCUUGAAAGGGUGCACCCUCUGAUUUGCAUUCCAGUUGCGAGGCUCAGUCCAUUUCCGUCCAUUUAAUGGUAUACUGUCAAUUACUCUGGAUUGACAGAGGAUUGGAAGCGUGCGGCAAGCCAUAGUAUUUUGUAUUUAGUUGUGAUGCAGACUGUUUCAAUAAGGCUUGUUUACUUUUCUGUUGUUUUAAGUAUUUGGAUAAGUCGUAAUUGCUUGCUUUUGUGUUUGAUCUAUAUAUUUGCUUUUCUUUCGUGUUUGAUCUA